CAAAGAUUUCCCAAAAACGUUGAAAAUGUGGACGUCAGAAGUUUCACUGUAAAAAUAUAUUUUUUCCCCCACAUUUUCAAACUCUAAAAGGGAUCAAUUUUGACCAGCAGGACGAAACGAGGGUUAAAUUAUGAGUUAUACAGCUGAAUCCUGAACAUCAUCUCAGCCUAAUAUUAUUUUCUGAGUCAUUCACUAAGGCCAAAAUAAUAUUUAUCUUUUUUUUUAAAUUGUGGACAUUUUUUUUUAUUAUCCACCAAAACACCAAGUCAGAUUCCUCAUAUGAUAUACAUCAAAUAAAGCUGAUUAUAAUUGUGGCUAUAGAGCCUGAAUCUAAGAGCUGAAGGUUCUGGGUUUGAAUCUUGGCCUGGGGUCUGUCUGUGUGGGGCUUAUAUGUUCUUCCUUUGUUCUCACCAGGUGCUCCAGCUUCCUGCCACAGUCCAAAGACUUUAUGUCUCAUUACGCUUUUUGUAUGUGUUAUGAGACAUAUUUUGUAGUAGGACAGAAUCAUGGAAGAGGUUUUAAAAACAAGCUAAGACAAGUAACAAAUCACUAAAGGCAACGGAGAGAAGAAGAACAAAGUGGUAUUGCUGAUAGUCCAGGGGCAGAUGCUCCAUUUUAUAAUCUUGUCCAUCAUCAGUAAACCUGCUUUUCUCCAUCAAGCAGUUCUCAGACUCUCCAGAGAUGAGUGAUAUUUCCAGUCCACCUGCUGCUCCCUCAUCACAUUAUAAAACCUCUAGAGGCCAGUCUGCAUUCGUAAUGACAGAGUGCUCAGAUUGUUUAUGUGCCCACACACUUAAGGUCCCUUGGAUUUGAUUUGCCUAUUAUCUACACUGGCUUGUUCUGUGUGUCCUGUUGACAGCCCGACAUGGCCUGUAAGCACGUACACCACCUCGCAUUGAACUGUUUCCAUCUCUAUUCGUUGCCAUCGCCACACCUGCUCAUGUGAGGGCAGCAGAUUGACAGAUCAGAUCGCACAUCGAGUAUAUAAGAGCGCUGUAUUCGACGAGGCUGACUGAUAGAAGGAAAAUAUUUUCUACUAGGUUUGCUUGUUGCUUCCUGUUGCAGAUUUUCUACUAGACAUCAAUGUGUAAAGGACUCGCCUACCUGCCGUCCUCAUGCCUGGAGAAGGCGAAAGAGAUGCGGGUGAAGUUAAGCCACCUGGCUGACCACAAGCACAAGGUUCAGGAUGGAAAAAUUCUUCAGGACCUGGAGACUCUGCUGAACAACAAGAGCGGUCUGCAGGUGUUUCGUGGGUUCCUGCGUUCAGAAUUCAGCGAAGAGAACCUCGAGUUCUGGCUGGCAUGUGAGGACUACAGGCUUUGCUCUUCAAACCUGAAGAAGACCAAAGCCAGCAGCAUCUUCAGCCAGUUUAUCAACGCUGACGCCCCACAGCAGGUAAACCUGGACGCUGAGACCCGCGAGGCUCUGCUGAGCGUUGUAAACUCUCCAUGUGCCGACACAUUCAACAAGGCGCAGCAGAGGAUCUACAGUCUGAUGGCUAAAGACUCCUUCCCUCGGUUCCUGCGCUCCAAUCACUGCCUGGACGCCAUAAAGGCUUUCUAAAUAUUAUUACAGCAGACCUGAUUUAGUUAGAAGUGCUGGUGAAUCUGUGCUUUUAAUAUGCUGAUUGUAUUUGCUUGUUUUGUGACGGCAUUAACCACGAGUUUAUGCACUGUAUGCUGCUGUUACUGUAGCGUCAGAUAGUGGCCCUAAAGCUUCAAUGUAGGUGCAGAUACCAAGUGUAAGCUACAAUGAUAUCCACAAAGGAUUCAAAUAAAUACCUCAUAAAAGA